AUGAUCUCCGACGGUAAUAUCGUUGGUUCCGGUAAUGAUAGACCAACUCCGAGAAUCGUGCUCGACAUUCUGGGAGUUGAUCCCACGACGGAUCCCGAGCCCUUGGCGUUUAAGUCUGUUGGCGAAGGAUCUCAACAGUUGAAUUACGGAAAGGUUUAUUCUGGUCUCUAUGAAUACGAAGGACACGUGGUACCCUAUAUAGUGAUCGUCAAGGUUGGGAAACCGUCGGAAAGUAAGAGACCCGGAAAUCGUGGAAAGCGUGACUCCCAGAUUAUUCUUAUGAGAUUCUUGAAUAGGGUUCAUUUCGAUCUACCGAUGGCACCACUCGAACUUGAAAUUUAUCAUCAAAUGAAAAAUGUCAUUGGUGUAAAUCCUAAAUUCUACGAAUAUGUUCUCAUGGUGGACGCUGACACGGAGGUUAUGCCAGAUUCGCUGAAUCGUAUGAUUUCAUGUAUGCUUCACGAUGGUCGUAUCAUUGGUAUCUGCGGUGAGACAACUUUGGCCAACGAAGAGGGUUCUUGGACGACCAUGAUCCAAGUAUACGAAUAUUACAUCUCCCAUCAUCUCGCCAAAGCAUUUGAAUCACUGUUCGGAUCGGUCACCUGUUUGCCCGG